AAUUUGCACUUGGAGCUUGAUAGUGGAGAGGGCAGUGUUGACCUGCCAUUUUCCCAUUGUAUCGGAGGAGGAGGAGUUUCAAUGUCUCCUUGUCAUGAGGAGAGGGUGCAGGGGUUGACAUUACCAGUGGCGGGAAGGACGGAGGACAGCCCAGGGGUGGAGGCAGUGGUUGUGGCCAUUCACCAGGUGGACUUCGAGGGGAGUGAGUGCGUGAGCAGCCUUACGGCGGCGAUGGCGGUGGAGGCAAUGGAGGAAGUCUGGAGGUGGAGUGACAUAUGUCAGAGAUUGAAGAUGAGGAGGGGACCACAGACAACGAGCUGGCCCAACUAA